AUGGAUUCUGUAGGGAGACGUACAGUUGUUACUAUCGAUCCUGAGGAUCAAGAAGCCAUCACGGCGGAGAACUCAGCACGUUCCAAAAGGAAUGCAGCUAGGGAGGCCAAACAAUGUGACCCUGAUUUUAUUGAAGAGAUUUCUGACGACGAGUCCUUCUUUGAUGAGCCUACCCCACAACCCUUCACACCUUUACCUUUACCUUUCCCGGGUAACAAAAUUACGAGAGCCUUCAGCUUCCUUAACUCCCUUACUCCAAACACUGCGAAGAGAGUCGUUGGUGUGCUUUCUAGUACCAAUAUGUCUUCUAGCGUUAUGACACCUUCUAUUUCCACUUCCACUUCCACUACCAAUACCUUAGUGUUCAAAGAUUCAGAUACUGUCAUUAUGAAGACAGCAGACACAGGAACUGAAAUCCCGAGGCCUAUUAUUAACCUCACUAAGGCGAAGAUUCAUGUUCCUCUCACACUUCUUACCCUCGCGUCACUUAGGAAGAUCCAUCUUGACCCAUCCUGUGUCAAGAUGAAGAAGGGCCUCGUUCUAGACAAUCCCAAAAUGAGCGUAAUGGAUACAUCAACGUUCCCAGCGGAGUCGACCCUUCCAGCAGACUGCUUCUACGAAGCUUACAGUAACUUUCUUAAGAUGAUGGCCAUUGUCGCUGAUGAGGCUACCAUCAGGCAUUUUGUUGAACAUCGUGACUUUUGUCUUUCCCGGUGUAGGGAUUCAUUUCUGGCUAGGCUUGGAGAGACUGUCUUUACCUUACCUUAUGUUGGCACUUUGUAG